AUGUCAUACUCGCAGCAGAAUAGUGGUCAUGAACGUUUUCCCUACGCCAUGUAUAACAACACGUUGGGUAUACACCAAGUUGUGCAUCCCCACCAAAUAAGCGACCAUCCGUCGUUUAUUAAUAUGCCCAUCUCUUCAGCAUCGAAUCCCUCCAUCCAGUAUUCUGGCAGUACCUCUCACAGCGUAGAGAAGUUUGUCCCGAUGGACAUUCCGCAGUAUAACAAAGACGGCUCUUCGACUGUUAUGUUUCAGGUGAAUACAGAAAGGAAUAGUCUGAGUAUUCCUUUGGAGAAGUGUCUUCAGCCCAGCGGUGGAGCGCACUUGAAGAACGCCCAAGAAAUUAUGUUCCCGACAGUCGACCGUACUCAGGUCCAGACUUUCAAUCUCGUCAUCGCUUGGCCCGGAUACGACACAGUGGAGUUCCCUAUCGACAUCGGGACGAAUGAAAAGCCCAUCACAAGGGCUGAUCUCGCGCGUCAAAUUGCGUAUCACUUCUUUGGAUUUUUCAUUCAAUGCGAUAGCGGUCAUUUAACUCAGAGGUCGCUUUUUCAGUGGAAAGUCGGAGGGCGAGACGGUUAUAAGUUUCAUCAGAUCCGCCUCUCAACAUUCUGGAAUAUCGAAGGGACCUCUUGGGCUGCCUCUGUCAGAGUCCUGGAAAAUGCAUAG